AUGAAUUUAUCUGAAGAAGAUAUUGAAUAAUGCUAAAGAGCGUUUAAUGAUUUAGAUGAUGUAACAUUGCUAGUUUAAUAAAUUAUAUUAGAGAGGAGAAGGAGAAAUCAUGGUUGACGAUUUAGAGAUUGCCUUAGAAAUGGUAGGAUUAAAGUAGAAACCUCAUAAAGUCCAUAAAUUAAUAAGUGAGAUUGAUGAUGGUAAUCGUGGAAGAAUCAAAUUUAAAGAGUUUUUGAGUCUCUUUGCCAAACUUAAAUAUGCUGGGUUAUAAGAUGAUGAUUAAGAUAUGAUUGAUGCCUUUGUAGCAAUGGGAGGAAAUGAAGACACAUCAGGAAAUGUUGAUGCAGAAAAGUUGAUUCGAAUAAUAAAGAAUGAAUUUGAAUUAACGAUUGAUAUUGAAGGGUUAAUUAAAGAAGUAGAUACUGAUGGAUCAGGAGUAAUAGAAUUUGGAGAGUUCAAAGAACUAUUAAAAACUAAUUACUUGUAAGAAGAUGAAAAUGACUAUCCAUGAUUU